AUGGAGCUGACACGACCAGUUGUCUCUGCGACGACCUGCGUGCGGAACAAUGAUAGCGGCAUCCAGGACUCCCCCGAGGCAUUCUAUUUCGCCUCGUCCGAUGAGCUGAACUGGUUUUCCACGCACAACUGCACCACAAUUAAUGGUGACAUUACUCUAUCGGAGAGCUUCAACGGAUCAUUCUCCCUACCCAAUGUCACAAGUAUCAACGGAAUCAUCACCUCUAUCACCCCUGGCGAGAUGUUUGAACUCACGUCGAUCGAGCUGCCGGACGUCCUGUACCUGGGAGGCAUUUACCUUAAUCUCCUAAGUGUUCCAGGGAUAGUAAAUGUAUCCGUGCCCAAAGCAACUGCCACCGGCUCGAUCAAUCUGACCAUACCAUUGACGGGUGCGGUGGACUUUCGGUCGUUGGAACAAGCGACGAGUAUCUCGCUGGCGGGGAAUUACUCAAGUGUGCGAUUUGACUCUUUGGAGCAAGUCAAUGGCAGUCUCAGCAUGCGUGGGGUUGAUACCGUCGCCAAGAAUUACCUUGAUAAUGAGGCCUAUAAUCAACUCCCGCUCUACUUUCCUGCUCUAAGAUCCGCGACUUUUAUCCAGUUCUCGGGAGUAAUUAAGAAUUUCUCGAUGCCUGUCCUCGAAACGGCCAACUUCCAAUCAAGCAACUAUUCCGGCCCAUCGGGACUAUCAAUCUAUAACUACGGCGCGCCUUUAGACAUGGAUCUACCAAACUUACACUCAGUGGGCGAUGUGCUCGAUCUUCAGGGUGCAAUAUCAAGGCUCUCAAUGGACUCCCUACAAUCAACCCAGGCCAACAUCACAGUCGACUCCUCAUCCCUCCUGGCCGUCAAUUUCACAAGCUUAUAUUCUGCUGAUACUAUCCAGCUCAAUGGCGACAUCACCAGUGCUGCAUUCCCCUCCCUCACCCAAGUCACCCUGGUCACGAUCAACACCACCAACCCAAUCGACUGCAGUCCCUUCCAGCGCGCCCUCCAGAAAGCUGCCCCGGCUUCCAACUCCACCUGCAACGGGACAGGCGUGACAAGCUCAAGCGGGCGAGGGUUGAGCACUAGCGCGAAGGCGGGGAUAGCGGUGGGGGUGAGUAUCGCCGGCAUCGUGAUCGUGGGGUUGCUCAUCUGGUAUGAGCAGAGGAUGGCGAGGAAUUACAAAGAGCGAGCGGGGUUCUACUGGAGGCCGCAGAUUCCGCUGCAGGAGAGGAGGAGGAGAAGUGGGCGGGAGGAUGAUCCGCCGCCGCCGUAUUCGUUGCACCCGCCUGCUGAUUGA